UUAUACCUAUAGCUCAUUUGUAUUUUGCUUGUAAUUUAUUAUUUAUUAAUUUGUAUAUUUAUGUUAAUUAAGUUCUUUUACAUUAUAGUACCAUAAAACACUUAAACACGAGUUGAAAAUGUUCAACCUUUUUUUAAUGAAUAUUAUUGUUCAUUUUAAAUAAGUACCUAUGUAUAUUUUUACUUAUAUGAGUAUAAACACUAAUAGACUAUGGCAGUAACCCGAUGUUUAAUAAAUUAAUUUUUUCCAAUUAUGUGCAUUAGACCUAUCUAAAUACUAUAAAGAAUAUUUUAAUAUGGCUCCAUUAAUAAUUGAUUUUGAAAAAGUGUGUCGAUUAUGUCUUCGCGAAGAUGAUGGACAUAGUAAAAUGAUAUCAAUAUUUGAAGAACCAGCUCUUGAAGAGACUAUAAGAAAUUGUGUGCAAAUCGAGGUGUUAUUAAAUCCUGAUGAACCGACUAAUAUAUGUACUAGUUGCAUAUUGAGUUUGGAUUCUUGGGGCAAAUUCAAAUUGCUCUGUGAUAACACCAAUGCAUUCUUACAGCAAUACAGACAGGAUAAGAACGAGUCUGACCUAGUGUUCAAUUCUGACAUAACAAACUUAGUACCAAUGGGAUUCACACCAUCUCAAAUGUCAGACUUGAGUAUCAGUUUUUUUGAAAGUGAUUCCUUAUGGAAUGGUUUAUCACAACCAUGGAAUGAAAGUGAUCUUAUAUCUACAGUUUCACCUGUCCCAAAAUAUAUGAAAAAAGUACAGCCACCUGAAGAUUUAAUUAAUGAUACCAUAUCUGGUAAAGAAUGUUUGGAUAUAGCCAUGAGUGUAUUAAGCAAAAGAGACACUAAUUUCACCCAAGCCAAUUGGUGGAAUCCCAAAGCUAUUUCUAUGAAAAAAAUACAAAAGGAAAAUGAAAAACCUAUUUUAAAGAAUGGAAUAUCAAUAUCAAUGACUAAAUAUAAUCGAUAUCAGCGUAAAACAUAUUCCUGUAAUGUCUGUUCAGAAAUAUUUACGAAAUUUAACGAUCUCAUUGUACAUGACUCAAGUGUGCACAUUGACAUGACCAAGAACUAUAGUUGCAAAAAGUGUGGAAAGCUGUUUUUGUCUGAAGAACGUCUAGAGAUACAUGAGAAUGUCCAUAGAGAAAAAUCCUUUGUUUGUCAAAUAUGUCAAAAGAAGUUUACUCAACAAAAGACUCUUGAUAUACAUUUGAAUGUUCAUAUUGGUUUAUACCCUUGUCAGAUAUGUGAUUUUAAAGCUCAGACAAUGUACAAUUUAAAAAUUCAUGAAAAUACUCAUUCAAAGGUCAAAGAGCAUCAUUGCCAGGAGUGUAAAAAGGAGUUUUCAACUGUAUCAUCAUUGCGUAGACACAAUCGUCUUGUUCAUCAAAAGUUAGUUUGGUUCCGUUGUGAUCAAUGUAAUUACUCUACAAGCCAGCCAUCAAAUAUAAAGUAUCACAAAUCUAUCCAUGAACCACAAAAUUGUAUUUGUGAUAAUUGUGGUGCACGUUUUAAAAACCGAGAUUUGUUCAUGGUACAUAGAAAAACACACGAAGAAGCAAAGUUGAGCUGCGCUCACUGCUUGAAACUAUUUAAAAAAAAGUCACAUCUCAAAGAACAUUUAAGCAGUUGCCGUGCACUAGAGCCUAGCAUAAAGAAAUUUAAAUGUGAUAUCUGCGAAAAAAACUUCACGAGAAUCAAAAAUUUGUGUGCUCACAAAAAUAAAUAUCAUCCAAUUAUUAAUGAAAUUUAAUAAUAAAAAAAAAAAAAAAUGUUUUUUUUUUAAUAUACAGGAUUACCAAGCAUCGUAAGUUAUUGUUUUAUAUACCUACAUUUUAAUUUACUUAAAUACUAAUUAAUUUAAAAUCAUUCCACUCAGUGGCGCAUUUAAGGGUGGGCGACGAGGGGGCAAUUUCCGCGGGGCGCCAAAUUAUUUAUUUAUUUUUAUUUUUUUAACUGAUAAGUGUAAUCUUUAUCUUUUUUAUAAUAUCUUUUAAAUUUCUACACAUAUUUCUAUAUAAUAUAUCAUAUAUAUAUAAUGUAUUUUGUUAAAUUGUCAUAAAAAAAAAAUUAAAUUCUAAAAUUAUAAUUUGUUUUAUUUGAUUAUAAAGGUUGAAUUUUUUAUUAGGAAUAAAUGGAGUGUUAAUGGUAAAAUAAAA